AAAUCAAACUACAAGCCUACACUCAUAUACAAUACAAUCAACAAAGAAAAGAGUCAAAUUUACAAAAAUGGUUUAUUCUGCCCAGCACAGAAACAUUAGCAUUCUUAUGCUUCCAUGGUUAGGUCACGGCCAUAUUUCUCCCUUCCUAGAGCUAGCCAAGAAACUCACCAGUCUCAGAGACUUUCACAUCUUUAUUUGCUCCACACCUGUAAAUCUCAGCUCUAUCAAGCCAAAACUCCCUCAGAAAUACUCUCACUGUAUUGAGUUUGUGGAGCUCCAUCUUCCACACGAUGAGUUGCCUGAACUACCACCUCACUACCACACCACUAAUGGCCUCCCACCCCAUCUCAUGCCCACUCUCAAAAAGGCCUUCGACAUGUCCAGCGAUAACUUCUCCGACAUCCUCAAAACCCUAAAACCAGAUUUGCUUAUAUAUGAUUUUCUUCAGCCAUGGGCACCCUCCCUAGCUUUGUCUCACAACAUUCCGGCCGUCGAGUUCAUCACCACCAAUGCUGCCUUGAUGUCACUUAGUGUUCACCAACUCAAGAACCCUAAUGCUCAAUUUCCUUAUACUUCCAUCUAUCUUCGGGAUUACGAAGCUAAGAAGUUCAGCAAUCUGCUAGAAUCUUCAGCAAAUGGCAUCAAGGACGGAGAGCGCGUACUGCUGUCAAGUGAUCGUUCUCGUAACAUCAUUUUGGUGAAGACAUCUGGAGAGAUCGAAUCAAAAUAUGUUGAUUAUCUCUCUGAGUUAAUGGAGAAGAAGAUUGUGCCCGUCGGCUCACUUGUUCAAGACCCAAUGGAUCAAAAGGUCGAUGAGGAAUCGUCGAUCAUCAAAUGGCUAAAUGAAAGGGAAAGAUCUUCGGUCGUGUUUGUGUCCUUCGGGAGCGAGUACUUUUUGUCUAAGGAGGAAAUACAAGAGAUAGCUCAUGGGUUGGAGCUUAGCCAAGUGAGUUUCAUUUGGGUUAUUAGGUUUCCCAAGGAAGAGAGAAGUACUAGCGUUGAAGAGGUUUUGCCAAAAGGGUUUGGGGAGAGGGUGGGAGAGAGAGGGGUGAUAAUGGAGGGUUGGGCCCCACAGGAAAAAAUACUGAAGCAUUCUAGUGUCGGUGGGUUUGUGAGUCACUGCGGAUGGAGCUCGGUGUUGGAGAGCAUCAAGUUUGGUGUUCCGAUUAUAGCCAUGCCUAUGCAACUUGACCAACCAGUAAACGCAAGACUGGUGGAGGAGGUCGGCGUUGGUGUGGAGGUUAUAAGAACCGGCGAAGGAGGCAGUUUGCAACGGGAAGAGGUGGCGAAGGUGAUCAGAGAUGUGGUGGUGGAGAAGAUUGGAGACUGUGUGAGAAUAAGGGCUUUGGAAUUGAGAGACAACAUGAAGAUGAAAGAGGAUGAAGAGUUGGAUUGGGUGGUGGAGGAGUUGAUGCAACUUUGUACGAAGACGGAAGGGGAAUCAGUUAGUACCUACUUUUAAGUGAGAUUUCGAUGUCGACACUUGCAAUAAUCAUUCUUAUGAUUUUGAAUUCUCACGUCAGUGAAUCAUAAGUCAAUCUUUUGAAGUCGUGUUUGUAGAUGUUGAUCAUUUUAAUCAUUAUAAUAUGGUUUUUAAUGGUCACAUCAGCUUGUGAAUGUAUCAUAAAUAUGUCUCUCUACAUUUAAUCAUUAUGUAUUUAUUCGCUUUUGUUGAA